AUGGCAAAUAUUGAAAACAAUCCGAAAAUCGUUGCGGAUUUUAUCAAAAUAAAAUGUGUGAAUCAAUGGCCGGAGCUCGUGCAACUCAACUGCCACAUUAAUCGGACAGACAAAAACAUUUCUGCUUUAUAUGCUGAUAUUAUUUUCUCGGAGGAUAUACAAAAUUUAAAUGGUAUUUACAAUGUAGCAGUUGAACGUGAUCAAAAGUUUGUUGAUUAUACUACACUAGAGCUAGACUACUGUACAGCUCUGCAUUUGGUACACAGUCAAAGUUUGAUCCAGAUAAUUUCUUCUGGAUUGCGACGGGUAUCCAACUUUCCAUUGAGCUGUCCAUUAAAGAAGAAUAAAACAUAUUUUGUUAAUGGCUUCACACUUGAUCCAAAAAUAAUACCGAUUUAUAUGCCCAAAAUAUCAUUUAGAACAAAUGCAACAUGUUUGUCAAAUAAACGAGAAAUAUUUUACAUCACAUGUUUUGGUAGGGUGAUGCGAAAGUAAGAAAUUAAUUGAUAAUUCAAAACAUUUAAAUAAUACACAAGAAAAUCGCACUUAAUAUAUACGAGUA